AUGGAAAACCAAAUAAGUCAACUUUCACAACAAGUGAGUCAUUUAUCAACUCUUCAUGAUCAAGCGAAGGUCCAAAAAGAACAAUGCAAUGUAGUUUCCUUGAGAAGAGAUGAACCAUCUCCGUGGCAAAUAGAUGAGAAAGUGCACAGUGUGGAGUCAAGAAAGGAUGAAAAGGGUGAAGAUGUACAUAGUUCCAAAUAUGUUGCUCCAUCGGCAUACGAGGAACCGAUGCCCUUCCCGCAAAGGUUAUCAAGGGUCGUACUCGAUAGACAUUUUGUGAAAUACUGCAAAGUUCUUAAGAAGAAUAUUAAGGAUCAACAUGAGGAUAAGGAAGUAGUAAAUGAGAAAGGCCUUACUCUCUUAUAUGAUAGCUUACCACCUAAGCUGCAUGAUCCUGGUAGUUUCACUAUUCCCUGUACGAUAAACGAAAAAUUUUUCGACAAGGUUUUGUGUGAUUUAGGUGCUAGUGUUAAUUUAAUGCCCUAUUCAUUAUAUGAGAAUUUAGGUUUGCAAAAACUUAAACCUUCCCCUAUUUCUCUUCAAAUGGUUGAUAGGACUUUUAGACUCCCUAAGGGUGUGGUUGAAGAUGUAUUAGUUACGGUUGGUGAACUUGUUUUUCCCGUUGAUUUUGUUGUCAUGGAUAUGAAAGAAGAUCAUAAGAUUCCGAUUAUAUUUGGUCAUCCAUUCCUCGCCACAAGUCAAGCCCUAAUAGAUGUUCCUGAAGGACAAGUUACCAUUAGGGCCCAAGAUAAACAAGUCAUGUUUAAGCUCUUUAAUGAACAUAAUUCUGUAUUUGAUGGUGGUACUUGCUUAAGAAUCGAUGCUACUAACCCUUUGGUUGAUAAGUAA